AUGAUUGGGCAGUUUUUUGAUACCGUGAUUGUAGCAUCAAGUGAUAAAGAGUAGUUAUAAACGACCCAUCACAAUCUAAGUGCUAGAAACUGUUUUGAGCCACCUUAAAGCGAAUAACGAGAUCGGGGCUGAAGAACUUUACGCAUCCAUCUUCAUAUUAACCAGUGCCAAACAUGGGGAUGUCCUUAGCUGACAUGCACUUUAUGUCUCCAAUUCCUCCAAACACACACUGAAAAGAGAACGAAGAGAGCACUAAGACCUGGAUGGAGAGUUACAGACCGGUGCGGCAGAGAACGGUGAGAGGUGAAACUACGAAGGAUAAAGCAGGAGCUCUUCCGCCAGCAAUGUACACUCAGCAAGUCCUAAGACAACGAAGGUGCAUUUUCAAGCUGAGAACUCUAACCAAACGACGCCCACUGACUGAGAUCCGCUCUGUCGUUGGCGAUUUGUGCGCAGUAACGCUCGGGUCCGCUACCUAAUUCAAUCAAGUGGAAGCGAGCGAAACAGAUGCAGAGGACAGUGAUGAUGAUUUAGCUGUUGUAUUAGAAAAGCUGGUCACUAGCAGGUUAUUGUAUGGCGUGAAAUUCACUAAAGACAAACGACAUCGAAAAUAUUCGUAAUCCACAAACCUAUCUAAAAUGGACAUAAUUUGCGACCAAAUUGCAUGAAAGACACAAAGAAAACCCUGUGUUGAGACGAAUUUCUUUUUUUCGCAUUAAUGACUUGUUACAGCAUGUUUAUCUUAAAGAAAAAUUCCCGUACAAAGUCUAUAAAGCAGUCGUUGCAAAACGUACUGAAGCGUGGGGGGCCUGUGGCAUACCCGACUGAAAACGAGCUGGCUUAUAAUUUUACGAAGAUGAACUUCGCAGAGGCACGUAAGCUUGCAUGUUAGGAAAUGACGUGGCUACAUGUCGCUCUGAAAUGAGAUUUGAAUACAUCAAGGAUACGUACGACCUAGCUGUUUAAAAUACUUUCCACGAACAGAAGAGAUCCAAGCAACCAGAGAGGCCGCGCACAAUAUCCGUAUAUUACAAAGAACACGCAGGUCACGUUUUGUCAGGUUGCAAAUAUUGAUGGCAUCUACUUCGAUCAGUCAGAGAAUUGCAAAAAGAAUGGAUUUUGACUCCGCACUAGAACACAUUGGAGGAUUUGGCCGCCAUCAACUACGCAUCUAUUUCGUAGUGAGUCUCAUCUCUCUUCCCCUUGCUGCUCAAAUGCUGAUUGUUGUUUUCGUUGGAGCAGUCCCCGAGUGGAAAUGCCCUUCUCCAGAAGGCGACAUUUUACAUUGCAACUCCAGCCACGCACGUUGUUGUGACAAGGAUGGUUCUAUUUGUCCCGGAGCAGAAUUUUCCACGGAGUUCACAUCCAUCGCGACAGAAUGGAACUUAGCGUGCACGCAUCGCUACAAAUGCGAGCUAAGUCAAUCGAUCUUUGUGGCUGGGUACAUGUUCGGAGUUCUAAUCUUCGGUAUUUUGUCCGACAAAUAUGGCCGACGUAAGCCGUGGCUUUUCGCUUAUAUAGUUGGAGGUGUUUUAGCACUGAUGUCUGCAUUUGUGGGGACCUAUGAAGAGUACAUCGCUUUGCGAUUCGCUAUGGGUGUUAUGAAUGGCGGAGGAGGCCUUAUCACUUACGUGCUAUCGACAGAAUCAAUCGGUCCUUCUUAUCGAGGUAAGUGAAAUUUUGUAACUGUCUACUGUCUACUGUUGAUUUUGCAUAUUUUGUAGUUAGCUUUUUCCUGAGUUUUUGAAAGUGAAAUUUACAGCGGUUUUUUGCUUCCAAUUUGUUUUAGAGCGCCAUGUUGAUUUUAUUUUGCGUGACACAAAUGCUCUGUCACGCAAUUCAAGUUAGUACACUUAGAUGAUGUCCUCCGUUCCCUCUCGAAAAUAAGACCAUUAAAACCCCCUAUUUACAAAUGUACGCCCAGCAUUUAGUAUUGGAGUUUUAUGGUAUUUUCAUACUAGAAAGAUACAAAAUAAUACAAUUCUAGCUGUUUAAAUGCGUUUUUGAGUAGGAGACUUUAUCCUCAAGCUACCCAGUGCCUCUCUGCAUGGGCACUGAAAAAUUGAAUGCUCAAGGGCGGAGGGGAGUGAGAGGAUAUUCUUUUGGAUAAACUAGCAUCCCAUCCAGGGGUAGUAACAAUACUUUUAGAGGUUUCAUGCUAAUUGGAAA